ACUUGAGUGCAACAACGAUGACCAGAAAAAUGGUUUUCAAAUUAUUUUUGAGUUUAUUGUGUUUUACAGUAGUUCUAGCGAAACCCAAAACAAUUGACUUAGUAGCUGAAGAAACAAAACAGUUUGAACAAGGUGAGGGCAAAGCUUUUGAAGCAACUCACCAUUCAGCCGAAGGUGAAGAGGGCAAAAAAGGAUAUUCCGCACAUCAUGUUAAUGAAAAAGGAGAGACAGGUCACCACGAUAAAGAAAGGCAUCAGAAGGAGUAUGCUGAGGAGGGUGGAAAUAAAAAAUCCCACCAUCAUGAUGAUGGGUACUACGCUUCUGGACAUAAAGGCAGUCAUGGUGAGAAAGGAUACCACUUUGUUGAUAAAGGCAGUUAUGCCAAGGGUCAUGAUACUAAAGGCCAUCACAAUGUUCAUAAGCUAAACGAGUUCGAGAAAAAAAAGGAAUUUUUCGAUGAAGAUUAUGAUGAAUCGCACAAAGAAAAACAUGGAGGAUUCGAGCAAGGGAACUCUUUUGAAAAAGAAGAUUUUCAGAAAGGAGGACAUGCAAAAAAAGUUUUUUAUGAAGGUGCAUAUGGUGCUAAAGGUUUAGCUGAAAAAGGAGAUUAUAAUAAAGAAGAAGGAGGUCGCAAAAAAGCUGCUGGGAAUGAUCAGUAUUUUAAAGAAGCUGAGCAGUUUGCGAAAAAAGAGGGCGCUGAUAUUUUUAAGGAACUAGGAUAUAGCGAGAAAGAUAAAAUAUAA